UUGUCCUUGUGCAUCAGAAUACAAUGGAGUCCCUGUCUAUUUACCAUGGGGCCAUCAGCAGAGUGACUGGAGAGAGGCUUCUAAGUGCAAAUGGAAAGGAUGGCAGCUAUUUAAUACGCAACAGUGAAACUGUGCCUGGGGCUUAUUGUCUUUGCGUUUUGUUCAAAGGCUUUGUUUACACAUACCGAGUGCGCCAGGUUGAAGGCGGGCUGUGGACUACAGAGGCAGCCCCUGGUGUCCAAGAACGACUCUUUCGGAAGAUCAAAAACUUAAUAGCAUACUUCCAGAAACCAGAUAAAGGCAUUGUAAUACCCCUGCUUUACCCUAUUCCUGUGGAAAGGACAGAUACUGAAAGAAGGCCUGCAGUCCUAAUGCACAGUAAAUAAGACAAGCACAUCUAUCUCGUUCUGGAAACAAAGACUGAAAUCCAAGAGGUUUUUAACCUCUUCCAGGCCAUGGAUCCCGCCAAGAAUUUGACGAAUGCUAAGGACACCUCACAGAAAAACAUCCAUAGAUAAACUGAGAGAAAACAGAAUUCAGCUGAAUCUUGAUUACUCCCAAACUGAAUUAUGUCAUACAUACAUACACUCUAAUAUUUUAAUUUUAUUCCUAGCAUUUUUUUAAGUUUAACGCUGUUAUCCCCUGCUUAAAAACUGCAAAAUGAAAUUCUUAUUUCUGCAUUCCUCAGUGAACUAACCUAGAAAUUAAUUAGUCAAGAAGCAGUUAUACCUGUUCCAAUUCAUAUGCAAUAAUUACUUUGCAUGUGACACAAGUGCCUCACAGCACCUGGGCUUCCGUGUGGAGGUUACAUAUUUUCCCCGUGUUUGACUGCGUUUCCUUUAGAUGCUCUGGUUCCCUCCCACCGUAGUCCAAAAAACAUGUGUUUCAGUAAGAUAGGUGACUCCCAAUUUGCCUGUAGUUUGUGAAUGUGUGUGUGACUGUCCUGCAAUCAACUGAUAUCCCAUCCAGCAUGUACCUUGCUUAGCCCUAUGCCUCAAGGAUAGACUCUGGACCCCUGAAACUCUGCAUUAGAAUAAGUAAUUAUUCAUUGUAAAGGAAUUAUUUAGCAACUUAUUGUUUAAUGAAACAGCUAUCUUUACAUGCCAAAAGGAGGCGUUCCAGUCUUAAAUGACCAAACAAUAAAUUAAAAAAAAAAAAAUCCAGUUCAGUAUCUGUUGCCCUAAUGCAGAAAAACCUAUAUGGCAGUGCAAAGAAACAAAAACUAUGUGGAAGGGAGAUCAGUCCAUUGCAGGAUAUUGCCAUGCUCAUGUUUAUAUACACUAAGGACAAUUAGAGUCACCUGAAAAGGUAAUACAUGAAUAAAAGGUGCAAGCAUUUAAAGAAAUAUAUUAAUAAUAACAAUAAUGUUCUCAUGUUUAUAAUAGAAUCUUUAAACUGUUUAUAUGUAAGAUACUAAAUGAGCUGACAGAAAUGCAUGUCCUGCUGCACCCUAU